AUGGAAUGGAACCUCCGGCAAUCCAACCAAGUCGAUCUUGUGAAUGAAGUGAUCAAGGAAGUCAAGAAAGCGCAGACUCAUGACCGCUGCAGGAAGUCCCGUGCCACCAGGGACUUGACGGAGGCAGAGUAUUGCAAGGUUGUCCAUGAACUCUACAACAAAGCGACACUUGAAGCGAGCAUCCGUACAACCUGCAUGCUCAAACAAGUCCACCUCAUCACCAGGACCGAUGACAUCUCCAGGCUGAAGUAUUCGGACUACAAGCCGCAUCCAGACUUCCAUUUAACCCCGCAUCCAGACUUCCAUGUUGCGCUCAGUUGCAAGGUGCAUGGGUCAAAGAAUAUUUCGGAAGAACGACAAUGCCCCGACCAAAUUUUUUGUGCCAUGCUCGGAUUGGCUUUCUACAUGGAUGCAUCCUUCAACUACGGGUAUGACGCUGCUGGUCCUCUUUACCCCGGAAAGCGAUCCCAAGUUGGCUCCCAAGCACAGAACGAAGCCUACCGUGGCAUGCUCAAUGCUGUCUUUUGUCAGCUCCUGGCUGUGGCGGUCCUCAUUGCCGGUGUUCUUGGGAGCCACAGCAUUAGGAAGUUCGCUGCAACUCUGGCAAGAGGAUGGGUUAUUCUCAGGAAGAAAUUGACAUCCGAGGUCCCUGGAAGGUUUGCUUGUCUGGACGAGUUGUUAAUGUCUACAUUUCACCUGAGCAGCCCUGAAUCGACGUCCGUGUUGCCGACAAGCUUUGCAUGGGGGCGACCAUUGCCUAUGUAUACAAGGUUUAUCCAGAUGCCAAGCACUUGGGAGGAGAGGAUGGGUCCUUUGGUUCAUACUAGGAUCGAAGAUAACACCAAGCUCCACAUCAACGAAAUCGAGCCGAUGGAUACGGGUGGUGGCGGCACGGUUGGUGGCACUAUGGGAACUGGCCAGGCAAACACUCAUCAAGUUGCCAAUGAGUCUCGGUGGUUUACGGCUGUGCAAACGCAGCAGCAGGUACGAACAAACCAGGAGAUUCCGACACGGAUUAUCGCGCAGCACAACCAGCUCCAGCAGCUUAUUGCGCAAGAAGGUAGGACCCGCGACAGUUCAGCUGCUGCGUUGAGAGGCUGGUUGGCGGCUUGGCUUGGCGCAGAGCUGAGGAUCCUGAAUGGCAACAUACUAUGCAGGUAA